UCUGAGGCGAGCCGAGCGCUGCUCCUUGGAGGGAGCGGAUCCGGCGGGAGGACGUGCUGCGUCCGGGGAUCGCUGCCAUGGGUGUGGAAGUGGAAACCAUCUCCCCAGGAGACGGAAGGACAUUCCCAAAGAAAGGCCAGACAUGUGUGGUCCAUUAUACAGGAAUGCUACAGAAUGGAAAGAAGUUUGAUUCCUCCCGAGAUCGAAACAAGCCAUUCAGAUUCAAGCUUGGGAGACAAGAAGUCAUUAAAGGAUUUGAGGAAGGUGCUGCACAGAUGAGCCUAGGACAAAGAGCAAAGCUCACCUGUACACCUGACAUGGCAUAUGGAACCACGGGCCAUCCUGGAGUCAUCCCUGCAAAUGCUACUCUGAUUUUUGAUGUGGAGCUGCUUAGGAUAGAGUAAACUCAGGCCACUGACUGAAAGCACCUGUUAAUACCUACCCACUUUUUCCCUCUUCCCAUUUAAUGGGAGAAAUUCUACUGGAGUUCUUGUCAUCUUCAGCUGUCAAGCCACAAGAAUGUUUGUCCUGAAGUUGUUUUCUCACUUUCUCCCUUCCCCUGUUUUUUACUACUGUUGCUGGUGUCGGUAUUUGUCCCUGUUUAGGUGCUUCUUUGCUGUGGACUUGGGGGUGGUGGGAAAUGGCUGUAAUAUUUUUGAGUUGUACAUUUUAUUUUAAUUUGCAUGUGAAGCUUCACAGUGGUGAUUAGAAUGAUAUAUAUAAAUUUUAAAAACUAUAAACAGAUUACUUAUUGAGAAACCACUGCCUUACUAUACACUUAAAAGAAUUCAACACACAAGGGUGCUCAGACAUCAAGUGUACCAUUUGUGGGCAUUAGCCAAACCAAGUUACCUGCGCUGCCACUUUUCCACUUGCUCGCUGCUGUUUUAAAGAAAAUAUCUCAAAUGAAAUCUUUCCAAGAAAACAAAUAAAAUCUUGAUAUGCA